AUGGUCCAAGGUGCAGUUCAGGGAAGUGUCGAGGGGGACUUGGGCUGCUACCAGGUUUGCUUCGAAGGUGACCCGAGUGCGGUGCAAACACAGGAGCGUUGGGCCUACGUGGGCGAGGGCCGCGGCUCCUACUCCCAGGAGACCAAUGUGGAAUACGUCGGUGGUGGAAAGGGCAACUUGGAGAAGCAGGUCUCAGUGUCCUACGGUGCUUGGAGGGUCCGCGUCUGCUGCAUCGGAUUGAUCGCGUUGGCCAUCCUCUCCAUCCUGGGCGUGCUCCUGUAUCACUACCUGCAUCGAGCUCCUGGUUCCAACCCAAUCGAAGAACCGGAUUGCUUCACCGGACUCCACGAUUGGCAGAACCUCUGGAACCCGUCGCAUCAGGCCUUCUGCUGCGACAAGUAUGGACGCGGAUGUCCUGACCACACGCCCCGCGACCGAGUGGUGGUCGAGCACGUGAGGGAUGUGCAUCAUCAACCGGGACACAUCUUCCAUGUGCCCGUGCCCAUGCGCCCUGAGACCCGCGUGGUCUACAAGACCCACUACGUGCAAGCUCCUCCUCAUGUCAUCGUCCAGCACGAUCCAGCACCACCACCUCCCCGGCCUGAGUUCCACUAUGACUGCAAUGCCGGUUUCUCCAACUGGUACUUUGGAUGGUCUGUGAACAAGAAGUCUUGGUGCUGUGACAACAUGAGAAUGGGAUGUCCUGGAUCUUGGCAUGGCAGCUAUCACCUUCACGUGCACAGCUUCGCUCAUGGAGUGGGACAUGCACAGGGUCGCAUCUACGACUGCAACGCGGGCUUCUCGCGUUGGAUGACCGGCUGGUCGGACUCCAAGAAGGAUUGGUGCUGCCAUCAUCAAAGCAGGGGUUGCGUGAAGUUCCAUUGCACUGCUGGGGGGGAAGACGCCUGGGCUGCAGACAAACGAUCCUGGUGCCGCGAGAACUUCCAGAAAGGCUGCCCUCACACGACUCUUUCGGCCUUGAAAUGCCAAGCGAGCUGCACUCACGCAGGGGAGACGUCCAAGUGCAUUGAUCGCAUCCAUUGGACGAAAGAGCACGUCUUUGGCAAUAAGGCCAACGGCUGCGAGUUGGCCUACAGCAAGGUGCAGGUGGAGUGUGACAUUUGCCGAGGAUGCUCCAUCCAGGAUGGGCAGGCUGUUCAGUCCAUGCUGUUGGUCAAGACCCCUUCGACUGCAAUGCGGCUUUGA